GUUGCCGUUUGCUAAGCAUUAAGAAACAAGCAUAAAUAAAUAUGGCGCGUCAGCUCCCAUGGAGUUUGUAAACAACAGCAAAGCAAUGCAAAGAUCAAAAUAUUUUACACCGAAAGAAGUCAGCGUUCAUAAUACGCAAAAAGAUGUUUGGGUAUCAUUUUUGGGGAAAGUUUAUGAUCUAACUCCCCUUUGUUUGCAGCAUCAAGGUAAUAUGUUGUUGAAACCGAUAAUAGCAAACAGUGGUAAAGAUAUUUCACACUGGUUUGAUGUGAAAACCAAAGAUAUACGCACGUAUAUUGAUCCAGUCACCAACUGUCGAUUCCCAUAUACACCUAUGGGAAGAAUACUGCACACUCCUCCUUUGUGUCCAAGAACUGAUUGGGCAAAUGAUUUUGGUCGACCUUGGUGGAAAACCGAAUCUUAUUGUAUAGGACUGUUAUCAGAAAAAACACGAAAAAUUCGAAUUGUUAAUACCCUAACCUCCCAAGAACAAAUAUUAGAGGUAUGCUCCGAAGAAACGAUGAAUGAAAUUCAAGAACGAUAUUUUCGUUACAACUCCCACGCUAAAAGUUACACAUGGAAGUACAACGCUCAAAAUUUAGACAUGAAUAAAACCCUGCAGGAAAAUCAAGUUGCAAAUGAAAGUGAAGAAUUUUACGAGCUAGGUUUAGAUGAAGACCAAUUUUUGCCUGCGAUACAUCUUUAUUUCAACGAUGAUCUGACUGAGGCGUAGCUGGAAAGCUUCCGGAAUUUUUUUCUGAAAAAGAAAAGUUAUCAGAAGUCUGAAAAAUCAACUAUUACCAGAAGUGUUGAAAGCGAAAGUUGUUUUUUAGUUUUACUUAAUAUUAUGUGAUUAUCUUGCUUACUGUAAAUAUUCUGUUGUACAAACAAAAA